CAGACUUGAAGUGGUUCUUGACCCUCUCUGGACACAAGGGAAACCAUGAAGUGGGCCAUUCAUCUCGAGAAUGCCGCUUAACAUUCAGUUUGCGUUUCUCGGCAACGGCCAUAACUACUUCAUCAGGGUUAUCAGAGUCAGUGAGAAUGGACUUCCACAGGAAGGCGAAUGUGUUCCAGCCACAUACGGCCUUCCAAAGUCAUUCGACUCAAAGUACAAGAAGAAGUCAUACUCUAAGUACUUCCUAUUCAAUAUUCGCGGGCAUGACUUUCUUUCUCAUUGCGGUCAAUGGACGAACGCCAACGGCAAAGUUGGCUAUCUCGAGACCUCGUCAACUGCAAUCUCAGAACUGGCCCAACUUGAGCCCCUGAGAAUAGACAACGAGAAGAAUGGCUACGAUGGAUCAGAAAUGAUCAUUAGUUUUGGGCCAAGAGCCUCCAGCUUCUUUGCAGAUGUUACUGCCCCGGCCCUGAAAAGAUAUAAAUCAUCGAAUUUGCCAUUGGGAUUAGAAGACGAAAUCCAGAAGAAUAUGAGUGUCCAAGGAUAUGGAAAUAUUUACGAGGUCAUGAUAAAUCCAGCUACUUCCAGUGAAAAGGAAGAUGGCUGGGUUAUAUUAUACGCCGAAGGAAAGAAGUUUGCGUUUGGGGGAGCCUUGCCGCAUAGGCUUAAAGAAGUACUGAAAGAAGCUAAGGAGGCCAAGAAAGGGACUUUCCUACGCCCAAAGGAUAACUCCAUUCAUCGUAUCUAUCUCAACCAUCAGAAUCCGGACGAGUAUGUCCUUCUUUUCAAUGACGGCCGUUGUCAUGCAAGUCUCCACAAAGACUUCCGAGACGAUCUAGAAGAAGUGGUAUCAUUGUGGGCCACGGGAAAUGGAUUACCAAAUUUUGCAUUCGACUUCAUUUCAUCCUGCGCUUGUCCAAAAUUCAGCCAGACUUUACAAAAUGCCUCCUACUACUCCAAGAGAGGGAUGUUCCACCUUGCAAAGUCGAACGUGGAUUUGGCCCUCAAAUAUCUUCGAGCAGCUGCCGACGAAGAUGAGACUAGUAAAGAUAUACACGAUAAUCUCGCUAUAGCAAUUAUGGCCAUGCGGAGAAAAAGAGGAACGGACGAGAUCUUAGAAGCCAGAAUCAACCAUCGAUCGGUCCACGCGCGAAGGCAUAGACCACGGAGACUAGAACACCAAGACGAGGAUACAUUAUUCAGAGAUGAAUACAUGUGGAUUCUUGACGAAGGUUAUGAUGUUGACGAACUCGAAGAGAAGCUGGUUAAUCUGCAAAAACAAAAGGCAGAUGAGUGGUCCUAUGACAAAGCUGUGGCGGGAGUGAUCCACGAGGUUGGAUCGCCAGUACGCUCAAGCACGAAAGCAGAAGGUGAACCUUACGAACUCGAGGGCGUUGAGCUCGCGCAUGAAAUGUCGGCGGCGCAGUAUUCCAGAGAAACAGAAUUUGGGAUUGAUGGGAAAGAAAUUAGCAUGAGUGCGAAAGGAUCCGAGAAGAAAUUGAGGUUUCCAUUCAGACUGGGAAAUAGAUUACGAAAGGGCAAGAGAUAACAAAGUGAAUUAUUUGAGUAGGACUUGCUACUGAGCAAUGAUGGUUCAUUCUAGUGAGCUGAGAACUAGGAAGUAGAAUCUCAUAUAGCUGGGUUAGCUCGGGGGGAGUCGAGGAUGCAUGUGGGGCCCAAGCAAGGACAGAGUUAGAAAACGAGAACUCGAUAUCCUUGAGGGAUGAUGAAAGAUCCUCGCGCUAAGCAAACCUAGUGUCAUAUACAUACACAAAUUAGGGAUUCGAAAGAAAAAGAGUAGACCAGAUCCU